AUGUUGACCAGCAAGGGGGAAGAGAAGCAGGCCAUGCCUCGGGAUGGCUUUGCCAGGCCUUUUAGUAUCUUAGGGACAAGACAAGUUAAAGGUCGGGGCUUCUUCUCCAACGAUAAAACAGCCUUCAAAGAUAUCCCAUACGGGAUUCCGGUGUGGAAUGGAUUUUCAGGAUGGUCCGGGGAAGAAGACGUCCUUGAUCCGCAAAAAAGGCGUUUUGAGGCUCUUGGUGAAGGCAUUCAUCGACAUUCCCUCCGAGACAUAAGACAACAGAAAAGGCUACCCUCUCUUCUCCGCGACCCUAUCAAUGAUGGCAGGAAUCGUAUCGAUGAUGGACUUGGGCCAUCGCUCAUCUCGGACCACGUCGAGCAGUACGAAACUACAUGGCACAGAGCCCUUCCCGUCCCCGCCCAUCACUACCGGACCCAGAGUAUACGCGAGAGCCCGUUCUCAGCCUAUUACCAUGGCGACACUGGUCGGGGUGCUCGAAUCAUGGUCGAAAACUCUCGUCGUCACCUUCCAGAGCGUGUUGAGCAGUACUUUUACGAUGAUGAUGAUAGCACGGGAGAUAAAUUGGAGGAUCAAAUCUCAGACAUUGAGCAAUACCAAAGUGCUAAGGCAAGCUACUCUACCCCUGCUACGUCAUCUAUCCCAGAGAUAGUGGAUGAUGAUAGCAGCAGCAACAGCAGUCAGAAGAGCAGAUUGAACAGCAGCUAUGGAAAAGAAACUAGUUCCAAAAAAGGAGAAGGAAAAAACAUCAGUCUUAUGAUGGACGGGAUUCGACUCGGCUUCAAAGAAGAGGCGGUCCACGGCAAGAUGAUUAACAUUCGAAGCGAUGACGCGGGCGGUUUCCGCCUCAGUCUAGGAGAAAAUGCAAACCGAAAGCCGAAAGGUCACUUGCCUGCCGGAUCGGCCCACUCUGAAACGAAUACUGCAAGCCGACAAGAGUCGGAAGAUGCGUCACGAAAUCGUGAUGAACGACAUUUGGAACAAGAACAAGACAUCGUAAAUGCCAGUGGAUGCCUUCUUUGUGGCGUCACAUCCAUGAACAAAGGGGUCUUGACAAGACAUCUCAAGGACCAGCAUUUUCCUCAGUUCGAAUACUCCUGUCCCGAAGAGGGCUGCCCAAGGACGCAACGCCGCAAAGAUAAAAUUCAAAACCACAUUCGUACCCACGAGGGAAUUAAUCGUGAAAGCUUCAUCACGAAAGAGUUUCCUUGUCCCGCACAGUGUGCCAUAUGCAAAUUAACCACCAACAGCUGGGACGAGUUCUAUGCAUGCAUCAUUGGUCACCAUAGGGUUGGUGCACAGCAGCCCGAGCGUGGUGUGCGACGAACCCUCGAUGAUCAACGUUUGGAACGAGGUGCAUCAGACUCCUUAGACAGGACUGCCCCCAAAUGGCCUCUAUUUGAGAGGUACGGCGAGUUAAGGGAAUCCAUCGGUCACGGGAAAUCCAGCAGCAUCCGCAUUGCGUACAAGAAUGAUCUGAGCGAGUCUGGAAAUGAAAAAAUAUACGCCGUAAAGAAGUACAGGGAGCUUCCGCAAGAAACGCGCAAAGGGUAUGAGAAGCGCUUAAACUCGAAGUUCAGUAUUUAUUCUGCUCUCCGUCACCCAAAUAUUGUACACUCUCUUGAUCUAUUACAGGAUUCUCAAGGUGUUUUCUCUAUGGUCAUGGAAUACUGCGCGGCUGGUGACUUGUACACUUUGAUAACCAAUGAGGGCAAGCUUGAGCCUGAAGAAUCUGACUGCUUCUUCAAGCAGCUAAUUCAUGGCCUCGAGUAUAUACACGAAAUGGGUGUGGCUCAUCGAGAUCUCAAGCCCGAAAGUCUUCUCUUGACUACCCAGGGUGCAUUGAAAAUUGCUAGCUUUGACCAUAGCGAAUGCUUCAUGUUGGCCUGGGAGAAAAAAGCCCACCUGAGUUCCGGUCUCUGUGGCUCUGGCCCGUACAUCGCCCCUGAGGAGUACUCUGGGAAAGAGUUUUAUUCUUCCGUUGCGGACAUAUGGGCUACUGGAUUGAUAUUUAUGGCCAUGCGCACUGGGCAAUCUCUAUGGGGGGUCUCUGGCAAAGAUGAUCGGUUUUAUAAGCAGUAUCUGGAGGAUCGUAAGCACAAGAGGGGAUAUUCGCCAAUAGAGAGACUACAUCAGGUCCCCUGUCGCAAUGUGAUCUACGCCAUCCUGGAUCCAGACCCUUCACGUCGCAUCACUGCUUCACAAAUACUCAAAACCGAGUGGGUACAUCAAAUCAAGCUGUGUGCUGCUGGAGAGGAAGGGCUUUGA